CCCACAUACUUGUUCCUGAUUUGCCAGUCUACACAUCAGGAAUGUUACUGAAAGAGAAGCCGUCUCCUAAGCAACCAGAGUUUCCCCCCCAACUUCCGGAAGAGUCACUCUGAGGCUGCGUUCUGAUUGGCGACUGCGAUCAGAGAGGGGGUGGGAGAUGCAAAGCGGUUGGUGGGGUUUCCUGUCAGUCUCCAGCAGCAUGCAGUGUUGUCAACUCUGCUUAUAACAAGUGGAAUUGGGCUUUUUUUUUCUUCUUUCUUUUUAGUUUUUACAUUUGCAUUAAAGCAGCAGUGGAGGAGUCAUCAUUGCAGGAAAGAAGAUUCAGCACAGAGUUGGCAACACUGGCCGCGGGCUGCACAGCGGGUUAGGAUGUACCGGAAUGAGCCAGAGACAGUGAGGGGAUGAGAUUGGAGAUGCUUGCGUAAGGAAUGCUGAUGAGAAGCCAGUGAUUGGAGACCACCGGAACCCAGGCCGCAACCAGGGGAAUUGUAGGGAUUAUCACAGCUACGAUACAUUGCUCCGGAGGAUAAAUGCCAUGGAUAUCAGAAGGCACGAUGACUUAGAGGAGUCAGUUUCCAGGGCAACCGAGAGUGAAGCAGUGACUAGCUCCCUGCUGAACAGCAAGCGGCUGCAGGCUGGAAUAUCCCGCCAGCAUUUGACCCCGCACCCACUGCCCACAGACCUAGCAGGAGCCAACACAGCAUCAAGCAUAGGGGCCGUGCAGGAGCUGGCGGAGCUGAGAGAGCUGGUGGCAAAUAAAGAGCUGCUUGUGCUACAGCUGCACAGUCAGCUGAGGGACGUUAUACACAGCCAGGAGCUGAGCCACAUUGAGGUGCUAGAGAAAGAUGCCCGGCUACAGGAACUGCAAGAGACCAUCACUGAGCUGCACCAUGAGAUCUCCCUUAAAGACUCCAAGGCAGUCAUCCAUCUACAGGAGAAGCAUUAUUUGGAGAACCAGGUUAAAGCUCUGAGCCAAACGGUUGCCAGGGUCCCUCCAGAAAGCUGUAGUGUAGACUCAGUCUCUUCUGUAUCGAAAAGCAAUGGACUCCUGAAAGCUGAACUGGAUCGUAGAGACACAGAACUGAGGGCAGCUCAGAAAGAAAUUCUCACGCUACAAAACAGCCGAGACGUCCUCACCUCCGAGCUGGAUGCCCAGGAACAGCAGGUGUACAGACUACAGAGGGAGCUGAAAGAAAGACAGGAAGAGUUGGAGCAGAGACAUGGCAGAAUACAGCAGCUGUAUAAGGACCUGAAGACCACGUCUAGCCAGAGAGACGAGGCCCACCGACAGCUUUCCGACUGUAACCUGCAUCUGUCACAGCUUGAGGAGGAGAACUUUGCUCUGAGGGUCUGUCAGCAGAAGCAGGAAGCUGAGAUAGAUAAACUGAGAGAAGAGUCUCUGUAUGCACAGCGAGGGGAAGCUGCAGAGCCAGCAUGGGAUCUGCAGGAGAGAGAGGAUCUAGAGGAAAGACUUUCCAGGUCCGAGAGCGCAGAGCGGGAACACCUGACAUUAAUUCAAAGAAUGAGAGCAGAGAUGCAGGACACUAUGUUCAGGUUGAGUGCUAUGCAGGAAGAGCUGCAGGGGGCACAGGCCGAGGCGGCCUCCCUGCGAGGGAGAUACAGUAGGUCUCAGAGAGAAGCAGUGGAGCUGCAGGAUCGGGUCCUGGAGCAGGAGAGAAAGAACACAGAGCUGCAGAGGGAACAUCGGAGCACGCUGGAGAGUCUUCACAGAGCCCGAGAGCAGCUGCUGAAUCAGGAACAGUCCCUGCAGGAUCUGCAGGAAGAACGGUUACGGCUCCAGGACCACAGCCAGCGCCUAGAACAGGAGACUGGAGCUCUUCAUGCGGAGCUGGAGACCCAGAGCCUGGCUUUAAGUGAGCAGAACAGUCUUACUGCCAGCAAGCUGAACCAAAAGGAGCAGCAGGUGGACCGUCUGCAUAGAGAGGUGCAGGCUCUGAGGAGACAGCUCCAGCAUGCAGAAGAUAAGGUCCAGCAGCUGGAGUCCACACUGAAAAGUCUCCAGGAGGAGCUGUCAUUGUGUCGCACUGAGAAGUCCUCAUUGUCGGAGACAGUUCUCAGAUUGCAGAGAGAGAAACAAGACCUGAACAUCCAGCAGGAGGAUUUAGAACAUAAGAUGCAGUCACAGACUAGAGCCACAGAGAGACUGCAAGCCCAGCUGGCCACCUGCGAGUCUGAACAGGAGACAGCAUGUGAGAAGAUCACCGUGAUCCAGGAAGAAAGAGAUUCCCUCAAAAGCAAGGUCCACCAGCUUCAGAAGGAGGUGUCGCAAAGCGAUCAGCGACUAAGUGAGGCCCUACUCCAGGCAGAAUCUUUGCAGCUUGAUAUUACCAGGAGAGACACAGAAAUCCAAUCCUUUAAGGAACAGCUAAAAAGCUCCCAAGAUGCUUUGCAGAUUGCUAAACAGGAGAAGGAGGAAUGCAGCAAAGAGGCAGAUGUACAGGUCCAGAACAGAGAGAUAACUAUUGGUAGUCUCCAGCAGGAGCUAGCCACACUAGGAGAACAGCACGACGCAUGCAGGACUCAGCUGUCUCAGUGCCAGUCACUGCUGGAGCAGAAGCAACAAGAACUAGCAGCUGCAACAGAGGAGCGGAACUUGAAAGACAGAGAGAUUUCCCAGCUGACUAGCAACAUGGAGAAACUAGAGUGCGAUCUGGGGAUCGUCAGCGAAAAGCACAAAGCCGCCCAGAAAGAGGUCUCCAGCCGGGAUCAGGUGAUCCUGAACCUCCGCACAGAUCUGAUCGCUAGAGAACAGGAGCUGCAGCAAGCACGGAACGAGCUUGCGGAACGCGGUGAGGAGCUGAGCAAUGCUCGGUCCAAGUUCAAGAACUUGCAAAGCGAUGUCCAAAGCCUCCAGGAGAUCUGCUCGGAACGGGAAAGGACAUGCAUGGACAAUGAAACCCUCAUCCAGAGGCUGCAACAAGAGAGGGAGGAGAAACUCGCUGAGGUUCAGAGGCUGCAACAGCAUCUCUCAUCGCUGAGACACACACAUCAGGUAGAUACAGACUGUCUGAGAAGUGAUUCUCUGCGGCUACAGGAGAAGCUGGACUCUGUAAGCCAUAGCUCCAAGGAGCAGGAGCUGGAGCUUCAGCACUACAGAGUGAGAGCGGAGAGGCUCUCGCAGGACGUAACCCUUGCACAGCAUUUGCAGCUGCAGCUUGAGGAGCAGGUGUCACAGCGGGAUGCAGAGCUGCGCCAGCGGGACGAAGAAGUGCAGACGCUGCAGAAACAACUCUGGGACGCAGAGGAGCGAGCAGUGAGCGCGGAGAGUCAGUGUAGCUCAUCCAAUAGCAGCAUGGAGCUGUACCGCAGCAAGUACCAGGCCUGUGUGAGCCGGGUGGGGGAACAGGAGGCCAAUCUGAGACAGAUGGAAGAUGACCUGCGAGAGAUGAAGCUAGAGGUGUCUGAGCGGGAUACUCGUCUCUCGGCGUUGCGCGGGGAGCUCCUGGUUCUGCAGCAGGAGCUAGAGGGUAAAUGCUCCGAGCUGGAGAGCUGCGAGGAAGCCAUCGAUCAGCUGACACACGAACUUCAGGCAACACAGGCGGACUUGAGUUCAAGUCGUGAGCAAGCACAGGAGAGUGAAGAGAUCCUUCAGUCGGUCCGGGAGCAUGCGGCGAGGCUUCAGAACCAGGUGGUGGAGUUGGAGGAGGACCUAGUAAAACUGCAGACAGACUUUUCCACCUACAAAGCUUCGCACAGAUGCAGCGAUGGCAGCUACACGGACUUGGAGAGACUGGUUCGCCAGCUGACACAGGAACUGAGCCAUUCAGAAGAAGAAGUCCGGAAACAGAUGCAGGAAACGGAACGGAAUCAAAAUCUCCUCCUGGAAGUAAAACUGGAUUUGGCGAAGGAGAGAGAGCAAAGGAACAAUACGCUGAAAGACAUCGAGCGGCUGGAGCAGGAGGUCAGUAGCUUGCGCAGGAACACAGAAACACAGGUGCAAGAGCACAAACAUCUGGUCUCCGAGCAAAAGCAGCAGAUCCAGAAGCUGCAGGAGGACCUGAAAGAGAGCAGUAAGCUCACCGCCCACAAAGAGCAGGCAAUUCAGAAACGUGAUGCCCUCCUGCGUCAGUCAGAGGCUGAUCUCCUUCAAGCUCGCAGCUCUCUGAAAUCCCUCAAUCAGGAGAUAGAGCGCCACCUAGAGUCUGCCCGGGGUAUGGAGAGGAAACUGCAGAAUGCACAGAAAGAAUGUGACCAGAGAGACAGAGAGAAUAGCGCCCUCAGGACAGAAAUACAGGAGCUGAGGAAAGAGCUGCAAGAGACUUACAGACUCCACAAAGAAGCAGUGCAGGCCCUGGCGGGGCAGGAGGAGAAGACUCUUCUAGUGGAGAGCGCCCUGCAGAGCACACAGGAGCAGCUGAGCGAGCGUGUGGCUGAAGUAGUAAGGCAGGAGCAGCAUGGACGCAAGAUGGAAAGUGAAAUCCGCACACUGAGGGAGCAAGCCAAUGCCAGCGACGAGGAAGUGGAGCAGUGCAGGGCACUAAUGGAGCGCCUGAAAUCAGAGCUUAAUGAGGCAAAAAAGAGACAUCAGUCGUCUUCACAGGAGGCCAUGAAGCUGCAGCACUCACUGAGCAAACUGCAGCUGGAGCAGACUAGUGAUCAGGAGCAACACAAGGCUCUGCAGCAACAGCUACAGGAACAAAGUGUGACUCAGCAGGCUCUCCGGGCAGAGCUGGAGCAGCAGCAGAUACGCCAUGAAGAGCUGCAGCGGCAGCACCAGAGGGCCAAGGAGCGAGAGACCACACUGCAGAGAGAGGUGGAGGAGCUAAGCCUGAGGGUGAAGCACUCUGACCGGCUGCUGGCAGAGAGGGAUCGGGCACUGCAGAGUUUGCAGAGCAGUUACUCCAAGCUGGAGAGGCGAUGGCAGACCGAUCGGGAGGAGACCAGAGACUGCAACGCUCAGUUAGAGCUCACCAAGAGUGCUCUGCAACAAGCACAAAGAAAGAUCCAGGCUCAGAGCCAAGAGUCCAAGCAUCUGGAGGAAUCUUUAGUACGCUUACGCUCCAAUGAAGAGGCUGCACAGAAAACGGCAAGGGGGCGGAGUCAAGAGUUAAACACCGCCCAGGAGUGUCUGCAAGAUCUUAAGAACCAAGUCUCUGCGGCUCAGGCUGGUCAGCGGGAAGCGAGAGAGCAGCUCAGUGAGCGGAACAAAGAGUUAGCGGCACUACGGAAUGAGCUACAGCGAGUGCAGCAGAGAAAGGCCGAGCUGGAGAGAGACGCCGCUGCGCAGGAGGAGCGAAUCAGGCGCAUGAGUACAGAGGUGAAAGCUCUACAUGAUCUGCACCGGCAGAAGGAGCAAGAGGUAGAGGUAUGUGAGGGCCGCCUGCGCGAGCUUAGUAACCAGCUACAGCAGUGGCAGAGACUUCACCAGGAGUGCGCACAGCAGCUGAGACAGCGAGAAGAGGACACAAAGCAGCUCCAGGAACAAGUCGCUCUCCUGAUGGAGAAGAUGAAAGUAGAAGGCAGAGAGAGAGACAGCCUGCAGAAUGCAUUAAAUCAGGUGAAGCAGAAGUACAACAUAGCCACCAGUGAGGUGGACACACUACAAAGCUCCCUGGAAGCAGCAAGGUCAGACUGCCGGAGGCUGCACCGCGAAAGCGAGUUGGUCGUGUGCAAUGUAAACGAAUGGGUUAGCGAACAGAAAGAAGCCAACCAGACUCUGGGGGAGAAGAUUCGGGAGCAGAGCAAGCAGAUACAGCAGCUGACCACAGAGAAAGACCACAUGCAGGAGAUGCUAGAGCAGGUGCAGAAGGAGAACAGACACUUCAGGAAUCUAGAAGAUGAAAGGCGGAUAGAGAAUGAGCGGUAUAAGUUGACAUUGCGCAAGUCAGACCUGGAGCUCCAGCGUCCUAGUGAGGACCCAGGGACCCUGCGUUCUGCAAGACGGGCAUUUACCAGUGUGGGAAACCUGAGGACAAAGCCACGGGGGGGUUCUUGAUGCUGCAGCAAGCCAUGUGCUCAAGACUUUACCACGAUGUCUGCACAGUACAAACACUGAAUGUGUAGGAUGCCUUCUCCAGCUAGCAACCCCGGAGGCAGCAAGUCAUCCUAGGACAAGGUGCAUUACACUGAGACACACACUAAUGCUGGAUAUGUACAAAAGGUUAUAGCACCAAUGGAAGCCAAGCAGAUGGCAAGAGCAGCUGUUGAAAGCAAUGAGGUUCCAGUUUUGGACGUAUAGCACCUUGUACGCUGCUACCUAAUCACUGAGGAAUAAGAUAAGGUUGCAGUAAACAAAUACAAGCUCUAACUAGUGACCAUGAAUGAACACGUUGAGUCGGCUCAAAUCCAGAUAAUGUGAAGCACCAAAUUCUACACUGUAUCACAUACCACUCUUACACGGGUACCCAUCAUCCGCAGCAGAGGGAACUCUCAGGUAUGGCAGGAUCUCAGGCUGAAGACAAAGGAUCAACUUCUGUACUUCCCAGGAUGGAAAAUGGGAUCUGCAUAGUGGGAAUUCAGUUGCCACAGACUGUACAAGUUUCUAGGAGAACAGUAUAAUGCAUUACUCACUUACAGAGCAUAUUCUACCUAUAUAUGUGUGUCCUCAAUCAGUGCCUGUAUACACUAUAGAGGGUAUAAGGGAUGGACAGAAAAUUCACAUGCCAAACGGGACAAAUCUAGGAGCCAGCUUUACCUUCCCUAGGGGCAAUUCCAUUCUGUGCUGUAUCCGUGAAGUGCCCAAACCCCCACACCCUAUUGUGCCUUGGAAGCUUUGUUCCUACAACAGUAGGUGCCUUAGUUACCUGGCUCUUAGUGUUUGGCCAGUCCCGGCAUUUGCCACAAGGAAUAAUUUCACCUGCCAAAGGUAGAAGCACAAAUACAAUCAUUGCACUGUUUGCGGUUUAUAUUACUACUUUGUGUAAUUGUGAAUCAUUUUUACAGCUAUUUAUAUUAUUUUUUGUAAUAAAUUAAUC